AUAUGGGGAAGAAAGAAGCUAGGAUUGAGUUCUUUCCAUCCUAUCCAUUAAUACUUUGUUACUGGAAAGAAUGAACCAAUAAUAGAGAAAGCAUCCAGUUUGGGACAGAAAGAUACACUAACCAAAGGCAACUUCUUGAGCAAAGGAAAGACUAUGUCUCCUACCUUCUAUUUUGAAGGUGAUAAAUCUUAGGGAUGAGCUGAAGGAAGAAUGGCAGUUGCUUUAUCUCUCAUUUACCAUGGAGGUUUCAAACACAUGGCUACCUCUGUCUAUUGUGUUUAUUAUUUCCUGAUCAUGGGUAACUUUACAACACUAUAAUUAACCAGGUUAUGAUCUUGAAUUAUGAAAGGUUGGAAGUUCUAGAGAUCCAUUAACCUUGGUAACAGUAUCCAAGGGAGCCAUAGUAGCUGAUGGCAUCAUCUGAAUUGGGAAUUGAGAGACAUAUUGGGCACAAAUUUGAGACACCCAGGAAAAGCAGCUUCAAGGAGCAUAAGCAAUUGAGGCAAAGAGAAAUGGCAUCUAUGGGUUUUGACAAGGGCACAGUCCUUCAGAGCCUAGAAGACAGCUAUACCUAAGGAGAAAUUCAUGCAGAAUUCACAAAGGUGGAAAAGGGGUUCCACUAAGAGCUGGGAGAUUGCAACUGCCUGCAGAAUCCUUUGAAGCCUUUUCUUCAGUUUGACUCUAUGAGACAAAUAAAUGUGGCAUUCUACCAUAUCUUUCCUUGGGGAUGCAGAGGGCCACCAAUGUCACUUACCAAGCACAUCAUGUCAGCAGGAAUAAACGAGGUCAAGUGGUAGGGACCAGAGGUGGAUUUCGUGGUUGUACAGUUUGGCUAACAGGUUUGUCUGGUGCAGGGAAGACCACAGUGAGCAUGGCACUGGAGGAAUACUUGGUUUGUCAUGGUAUUCCAUGCUACACUCUUGAUGGUGACAACAUUCGUCAAGGUCUCAAUAAAAAUCUGGGCUUCACGCCAGAAGACAGGGAAGAAAAUGUCCGCCGUAUUGCAGAGGUUGCGAAGCUCUUUGCAGAUGCUGGCCUAGUGUGCAUCACCAGUUUUAUAUCUCCUUAUACCCAGGAUCGUAAUAAUGCAAGGCAAAUCCAUGAAGGGGCAAGUUUACCUUUUUUUGAAGUGUUUGUUGAUGCUCCUCUGCAUGUGUGUGAAGAAAGAGAUGUCAAAGGACUCUAUAAAAAGGCUCGAGCUGGAGAAAUUAAAGGCUUCACUGGGAUUGAUUCUGAAUAUGAAAAGCCAGAGGCCCCUGAGUUGGUGCUGAAAACUGAUUCUUGUGAUGUGAAUGAUUGUAUCCAGCAAGUUGUAGAGCUGCUACAAGAAAGGGAUAUUGUGCCUGUAGAUGCAUCUUAUGAAGUAAAGGAGUUAUACGUUCCAGAAAAUAAACUUCAGCUGGCAAAAACAGAUGCAGAAACUUUGCCAGCAUUGAAAAUAAAUAAGUUGGACAUGCAAUGGGUGCAGGUGUUGGCAGAAGGCUGGGCAACUCCGUUAAAUGGUUUCAUGAGAGAGAGGGAAUAUCUGCAGUGCCUUCAUUUUGAUUGUCUGCUGGAUGGAGGAGUAAUUAAUUUGUCAGUGCCUAUUGUACUGUCAGCUACUCAAGAGGAUAGAGAGAGACUGGAUGGCUGUACAGCAUUUGCCCUGAUGUAUGAAGGUCGUCGAGUUGCCAUCCUUCGAAAUCCCGAGUUCUUUGAACACAGAAAAGAGGAACGCUGUGCUAGACAGUGGGGAACAACAUGCAAGGAACAUCCAUACAUCAAGAUGGUGAUGGAGCAAGGGGAUUGGCUGGUUGGGGGAGAUCUUCAAGUCUUGGACCGAAUUUAUUGGAAUGACGGUCUUGACCAGUACCGCCUCACCCCUGCUGAGCUAAAACAAAAAUUUAAAGAGAUGAAUGCUGAUGCUGUCUUUGCAUUUCAAUUACGCAACCCAGUACACAAUGGACAUGCUCUGCUAAUGCAGGACACUCAUAGACAGCUUUUGGAAAGGGGAUACCGGCGCCCAGUUCUCCUUCUACAUCCUCUUGGUGGCUGGACUAAAGAUGAUGAUGUUCCUUUGAUGUGGCGGAUGAAACAGCACGCAGCAGUGUUGGAAGAGGGAAUCUUGAAUCCUGAAAACACAGUGGUGGCCAUCUUUCCAUCACCCAUGAUGUAUGCCGGACCAACUGAGGUCCAAUGGCACUGUAGGUCACGAAUGGUUGCAGGAGCUAAUUUUUACAUUGUUGGAAGAGAUCCUGCUGGCAUGCCUCACCCAGAGACUGGAAAGGAUCUUUAUGAGCCAAGCCAUGGGGCCAAAGUGUUAACAAUGGCCCCUGGCUUAAUAACCUUGGAAAUCGUUCCCUUUCGUGUAGCUGCUUACAAUAAGAAAAAGAAACGAAUGGACUAUUAUGACUCUCAACACCAUGAAGACUUUGAAUUUGUUUCGGGAACCCGAAUGCGGAAACUUGCUCAAGAAGGACAGAAACCUCCUGAAGGUUUCAUGGCCCCCAAAGCGUGGACUGUACUAACUGAGUACUACAAGUCCUUGGAGAAUGCCUAAACAUUAUUAACAACCCAACAAUUUUUGACACCUGAUUUAUUAACAAAAAGGGGACCACACAGUUAACCGUUUGCACUGCUUUAUUAUAGUGUCUAGGAAGACAUUAUUCCUUAAAAAAAACAAAUCUUUUCUCUUUAACUUAGCAUCCUUAUUUUUUUUUUCUUUGCCUGCCUUGUGGGUUCUAUUAUGUACUGCUGGUUUUAAUGUAUCUUUUCAUUUUAUUAUGCUUAAUAAUCCCACAUUUGGAUUUUAAAACUUUGCCUUUUUAUAUCAUAUUUAUGUUUCUUUCCCAUAAUUUUUGCAGCUAUAAUGUUGAUUUUAUCCUAUAGAAGGGAACAUUUUCCCUCCCUUUGAAAAUAAUACCUUCUAUCCAACACUCCCUGUCAAAUCAUUAGAGAGGGCUUGAUCUUGCUUUUGUACUGUAAUUGAGCUGCAAGACAUUUGUAGCAAUUAUAGAUUUUACUACUCUGAAAUAUAAUCAAGACUCUUUUUUUCCAAUCAUUUAUUGAGCCCCAAACCAUUAUGAUGUAAGAGCUUUCUUAUUAUGUAUGUAAAUUGAGAAUCGACUGAUUUUAUUCUGCAACAGAAUUAAACUUUUGGCUUCUUAUU